AUGAGAGACUUGUUCGGCCAGUUGGAGGGAGCUAUAAAAAAAUCUCACACCAGCACAACAACAGAGCAGAGCGCUACGGCAGCACGCACCGUCGUCGGCUCUCACCAUCCAAGGAAUCCUCAGCUCGUUGGCUCCGUCCCGGCCAUGGCCGCCCUGCAGAGCCCGCUCCUCGGCGGCGCCGGCGUCUCGCCGGACGCGAGCUCUCCGCGGCGCCGUGUCCGCCGUCCGUGGGCCGCGCUGGGCAUCGCCGUGGCGCUGCUGGCCCUGGCCGGCGUCCUGCUGCUGCUGUUGAGCCCCGGUGCCGAGCCUGCCGCUGAUCGGAGCCGGAGCUCGAGGGUGUCUGGCGCGCGGGAGAGCCGGCACGAGGUGGAGUCCGGCGCGGCCGCGGUGGCCGCGGACGACGGGCGGUGCUCGGAGGUGGGCGCCGCGGCGCUGCGCGCGGGCGGGCACGCCGUGGACGCGGCCGUGGCGGCGGCGCUCUGCCUCGGCGUGGUGCACCCGAUGUCGAGCGGCCUCGGCGGCGGCGCGUUCAUCGUGGUGAGGGACGCGGCCUCCGGCGACGCCGUCGCCUUCGACGCCCGCGAGACGGCGCCGGCCGCGGCCACGCCGACCAUGUACGCCGCCGACCCGACGACCAAGUUCAAGGGCGCGCUGGCCAUGGGCGUGCCGGGGGAGCUCGCCGGCCUGCAUGUCGCGUGGUCGCGCUACGGCCGGCUGCCGUGGAAGUCACUCUUCGCGCCGGCGAUCGCGCUCGCUCGCGACGGCUACACCAUCGUGUCCUACGUGGCCAAUGCGCUCAAGGACGAGGAGGUCGACGUGCUCGCCGACCCCGGCCUGCGCGCCGUGUUCGCGCCCGGCGGGCGGCUCCUGCGCGACGGCGAGCUCUGCCGCAACCCGGCGCUCGCGGACGUGCUGGAGACCCUGGCGGAGGACGGCAUCUCGGCGUUCUAUGGCGGCGCAGUCGGGGAGAGGCUCGCGGAGGACGUGAGGCGGGCGGGGGGCAUCGUGACGCUCGAGGACCUGAAGGGGUACAGGGUGGGGGUGAGCAAGGCCAUGGAAGCCGACGCCAUGGGCUUCACCUUCCUCGGCAUGCCGCCGCCGUCCAGCGGCACCGUCGGCUUGGCGCUGGUGCUGAACGUAUUGGGCGGGUACAAGUCGACCGAGUUCCUGAGAGGGUUUCUGGGCGUGCACCGGCUGAUCGAGGCGGUGAAGCACAUGCUGGCCGUGCGGAUGGACCUCGGGGACCCCGGCUUCGUCAACGUCGCCGGCAACGUCUCCGAGAUGAUAUCGCCGGAGUUCGCGGACAAGAUCCGGCGGAGGAUCGCCGACAACACCACCUUCCCUCCCGCCUACUACCUCGCAAAAUGGAGCCAGCUGCGUGACAACGGCACGAGCCACCUGUGCGUGGUGGACGGCGACCGGAACGCGGUGGCGAUGACGACGACGGUGAACUACUACUUCGGUGCGCACGUGUUGUCGCCGUCCACCGGCAUCGUGCUCAACAACGAGAUGGACGACUUCUCGGUGCCGUCGUCGAACCCGGCCCCGGACAAGCUCCCGCCGGCGCCGGCCAACUUCAUCGCCCCGGGGAAGCGGCCGCUCUCCUCCAUGACGCCGGCGAUCAUCCUCAGAGACGGGCAGUUGGCCGGCGUGGUGGGCGCCAGCGGUGGCACCAACAUCAUCACGGCGGUGACGCAGGUGUUCCUGAACCACUUCGUGAUGGGGAUGAGCCCCCUCGCCGCGGUGCAGAGCCCCAGGGUGUACCACAAGCUGGUGCCCAACGUGGUGCGGUACGAGGACGUCACGAUGGCCGACGGCGAGGUGAUCGAGUUCAGCACCGAGGCGAUGGAGUUUCUACGGCGGAGGGGCCACGUGCUGGAGAGCACGUCGCCCGGGGCUGUGUGCCAGCUGAUCGUGCAGGACUUGCUGGCGCCGGUCUCUGGGGCCGGUGGUGGCGGCGAGAACGUGUUCCGCGGGAUGCUGACGGCGGUGAGCGACCCGAGGAAAGACGGCAGCCCUGCGGGAGUAUGA